AUGCUGAUGUUUAGCACCGCUCGUCGGCGGCCGUCUAGGCCUAUGGCGUUAAGCACGAAUGCCGAGCGGCGCCAUGUCAUAAUUAUUAAUUUCGACCGCGCCAUUCUCCGACCACCCCUCAAACACUAUCAACUUUCCGCAGUGUCCAGGACAAAAAGACAACACAGAGUAGAAAACCUCAAGAUUCAUUCCCAGAAGCGUAGGAAGCGUAGCUUGCCUCUCAAUCGCUCACAGUUUACGCACCUGAUGUCCAGGUAG